AUGGGCCGCAGCUCAGCACAGCAGCCAGGCCCGAAUGGCAGCAGUAAAGUUCCCUUAGAGAGCGGUGAGAGCGAUGCUGGCAGCGCAGAGGCGGCCGCGGCCGAGCGACGGCGCUCCAAGGCCGAGGCAGGGAGCAGUCAGGCGCAAUCCAGUCAACCGGGGUCCAGUCAGGCGCAGUCCAGUCAACCGGGGUCCAGUCAGCUGGGGUCCAGUCAGCCGGCAGGCCCCGGCAGGACGGUGCGCCUGAUCAAGGGCCCCGGCGGACGCCUCAUCCGCGCGCCGGUGGCGGCCGGCUCGGACGAUGAAGACGGAGAUCCGCUGCCGACAAGCAGAGCUGCGCGCACAGAAAAUCCCGAGGAGGAGGGAACGCGGAGGACAGUGCGGCUGGUGCGGGGCCCUAAGGGCGAGAUGAUGGAUGCGCGGAAGGUUGCCGGCUGGGUCACCCUGCCAGACGGGCAGCGCACCGUGUGCCCGCGCUGCGAGGGGCAGGCCUUCAUCCGCGCCAAGGGGGUUGCAGGCGGUGUUUUGACGUGGCUUUUUAUGACCGGCGAAGCCGAGAUCGACGGCAUGGAUCCGCGCGGCGGCGCGCGGCCGCGCCGGACCGGGGGCGUCGGACGGCGGGGGCCACUGUCGGACGAGCACAAGGAGAAGAUACGCGCGUCUAUGGCCGGGCGAAAACGGCAGCCGCUGCGGGAGGAGCACAAACAGCGCAUAAGUGCGUCGAUGCGCGCGGUGCACAGCGAGGGGGGGACCCGGCAGCACAUAAGCGCCAGCGCUCGGGGGAAGGCCAAAACGUGCGCUCUGUGCGGAGAGGCCGGUCACAACAAGCGCACCUGCCCCCUCAAUCCCAGCGCAGAGGCGCCCGCUGCCAAGCGGCCCAAGGCGACGAUGUAUCCUCGGCCGGAGGGUGGGCCGGUCUUCAGAGGCGUCACAUGGGCUGCCAGCAACGGGUGCUGGCGCGCACAAGCCUGGGAUGGCAACAAGGUGCAGUGCGUGGGAUUUUUUGACGACCCUGAGGAGGCGGCCAGGGCGUACGACCAGGCGGCGCUGCAGUUUCGGGGUGACAAAGCGGUGACUAACUUCCCCCGGGAUGACUACGAGGAAACUUCUUCAGAGCAGCCGGCCGCCCCCGACGAUGAAGCUGAGGAGGUGCCCGAUCUGGUAGAAAUUGGGGCUGAAUCAGCGUCCAGUCAGCCGGUUGCUGCUCAACCUCUUCCUGCAGCCGUGGAGGAGCGGAGAGCAGAUCUGCAGCAGGAGAAAGAGCUGGAGAAUGUGGCGGCCAAGGCGCCGCCGGUGGUGUUCCCUCUGCCGAUGACUCGUGAGGAGGCGGUGCAAGGCGCCGUGGAGGGUAUCCUGCGCGCAUGGGCCGCAGGCAAGCGGCGGCAGCGGGUGGAGCUAUUGCUCCCUGAGGACGGGGCAUCGCCGUUUGACGGUGGCGGCUGGCCCGGGGGCGUGAAGCAGCAAUUUGCGGCGGUACGGUCCAUGGUCGAGGCCACGCUCAUGCAGCUCAAGCAGCGGCCUGAGUUCAGGGGCCGGUUGGAGGCGCGCUGGCUGGAUGAGUCCGACUGCGUGGGAGCGUGGCAGAGCGACUCUCUGGCGGCCGUGGUGCUCCCCACAGCCGACUCUUUGGAUGCGCUGAGAGAGAUCGAUGCGGAUCGCGGCGGCCGGCGGCUGAUCCUAGUCUUCAACCCGCAAUGGCAGACCGACGGCCAGAUCGUGUCAGACUUUGGGUUUGGGCGGAGCAAGCAGGAGGCGGAGGAUUUUGUGGGCAGCUUUGAGGACGCGGCGGUAACUAAGCGGCUGCGCAUAAUGGGCGACGACGUGCACUUCAUAUGGGCGAAUGGGCAGGGAGCGCUGUUGGCAGGAGUGGAAAGAGUGCGGCCCGGCUACGAGCGGCUGCUGCAGCUGCUGCGGUCUGUGCCAGGCUCCAAGGCAUCGCGCUCCUGGGUGGACCGAGUCAAUCCCUUCACGCGGCUGGGCAUGGGCAAUGGCGCAUCGGUGGAAGAGCUGCUGGCCGCGAGAGAUGCGGCCGAGCGCAGAAUGCGCGCAGCACAGAACGGCGUCAGAUCUCCGAUCCCGGCCGCCGAUCCGCUCAUGCCGCCGCUCGGCUCUGGCUUGGGGGAGGACGCGAGAUCAGGCGCAGUGGCGCCAGAACAGGCGGCGCUUACUAAGGCCGCAAACAACGAGUCAUCGUCGGACAGCGCACGGCUGGAGCGCGCGGGGGCGGCGGACCGGUUUGGGGGCGUUGACAUAAUUACGGGCCGCCCCGUGCGCGAUCUAAAACUGGAUCCGGUGCUGCAGCUGGCUCGCUGGCAGCGGUCCAUCUUUGGGUCCAAGGAUGACUCUGUAGACGAGGAGGGGGAGUGA